AUGUGCUCACCUCCCAGGCUCCCAGCCAGGCCCUGGCUCGGACCUGGCAGGUGCAGUAAACCACUGUGUCUUUUCUUCUCCCUGUCCCCAGACAUGGCUGCCGUUACAUGGCUCUUCUCUCUGCCCCUUGCAGCAGACAGAGAGGAGGGGGAGCAGGAGGCACAGGUGGCGCUAGGCAUGCAGAGAGUCCUGCAGAGUUUAGGACACGCAGCAGAGAAGCUGGGACAAACGGUGGGCCGGCUGCGGGGCCAGGAGGAGGAGACGUGGCUACAGCAGAGUAGGGGUCAGAGCCCCCAGAUCUGGAACCGUCUCAGGAAGGUGGUUCAGCAUCUCUCUGAUGAGUUUCAGGAGGUGGUAAGGGAGAGACAGAGCUUUCUCGAUCGAGCCCUCGGUCACUUACAGUACCAACGGGAGCUUAGCCGCCUCCACCUCUUGCACACCCAGAUUGUUGCCUCAGGAGCCCCUGCGUGUUUGGAGAAUUACCCUGGAGACAAAUUCUAUGGAACAGUCACAGCUUCUCUAAGGGACCAGGCUGCUGCCUGCCCACUCUUGAUCCCCUUCCUGAAGAGCCUCACUGCAGUGCUAGUGGGAGCUCAAGGUUAUGGUCCAGGACCAGAGGAUCAGGGGCCAGGAACAGAUACAGAUAAAGUUGACAUCGCGUGGACCUCACCAGUCUUUUCUACCCUGAAGAAAGUAGACAUCUGGUCCCAAGCCCGCAAGGAGGAAGCUGAACUACAAGCACAACUGCAUCACCAACAAGCCCCAGAAAACUGUUUGCAGGAUGUCCCGAAACCUCAGAUAAUGCUGAAGGAAGAGCUUAUCGCUGUGCAAGCCACAGACCUUUCUGCCAGGGAGUUUGUGGUUUACCAGUAUGGCCUCUCCAUCCUGGACCUCCUCACCCCCCAGCUUCAGGCUCCUGAAAUCACCCUGCAGAUUGCUUCUCAUCUGCCUGCCAUGGACGCCUCAGAAAAUGCCUUCGAAGGCUCCUUCUUCUUUCAGAGCGCUGAAAACAUACUGUUUGUUGGGAGAGAGUCUUUGGCAUCUGUGGGAAGCUUCAUUCUGCUGCUGAUCCACUGCCUGGCCCACAUCGCUGCCAAGGACUUCCACCAGGACUCAGACCCUGCCUUUCUGAGGUCAUUUUACAAGGUAUUUCUAAAAUGCACAGUUUUCUUUGCUUCUCUCCCAGAAUGACGGAUUUGUUAAGCUGUGCGACAUUUCAAAGCUACUUAGGUCCCAUUGUUGGCCUCUGGUUCCUACUGCCUGGCCAGGAGGAAGGUUUUCCUGAUCUAAUUUCCUGUGGCAGCCUAUAACAAAAUGCAUGUACCACUCUGUAAAAACUCAAAAAGAGGUGGCCUUCCUAUGAGAAUGGCAUCACAGCUUUCUUGGCUAUUUCCUUGCCAACACAUAAGCCGCACCAGAAUUGCAAAUGACAAUAAUAACCCACGGUAAGGGCAAGCGAAGAUGAUGGAUAUCAAACCCCAUCUUUCUUUCAGCUAUUAUUUUGAAGCUGUAUAAUAGCAAUUAUCUAGAAUGGAACUGAUUUGGCCCCCCUCACCUUUUCCUUGACCAGGGCUUGCAGGCUUAUUUCAGGGAAGCAUUCUCUAUGGCGCUGCAAAUGUCAGCGGUUUCCUGGGACGGUAAGCUUGACCGAAGCAUAAGUGCUAUUCUGCUGGAAGAGCAGCCCGUCUCUGAGAGAGGAAGAGAUCUUCUCUCGAAACUCAUUGAAAGGAAGUGUGAGUCUCACUUGGAGCCAGAGUCAUCAGAAGAGUAUAUUAAGAAAAACAAGGAUCUUCUCCUCUUCACCAAUAUGGAACAUCUUCUAAAAAGCGUCAUUGCUGCUGAAAAACAGAUACCAAGAAAACGGAGAGAUCAGAGUGAGGACGAAGAUGAGUGAACAAAUUCUUUUCAGAAUUAGGACAGAAAAAAAAAAAAAAAAAAGCAUCGAGAACUGGACCACACUUCACCUGAUAAAUACUCUUUGGAUUGCUGACUUUAGGAAUGAUCUGCGGUUCUUUGUUACAACUUUCUUCAUCAGAGGAAAUGCCAGAGGCGUAGUCUAAUGUAGCUCGAUUCACAGCACAGCUGACCUGUUGGGAAAGCUCCCAUUCGUCCCAUCUGCCUUUAAAAGAAGCAAUUGUAAAUGGAUGAUUUUUCUCACCGUACCUAAGUAGAAAAAGAAAAGUUCUUUAUUAAUGAUUCAAAAAUCCAAGUUUUUUCUUCAUUUCUAACCUUUUCUACAGACUGCUCAACCAGUCUGCAAAAAGUUAUUUUAAGAAACAAAUUGAAAUGGCUUGACAGCAAAGCAAAUUGCAAGACACUGUGACCUUCAGCUUCCACGGGGUAGCAAUUAGUGAGGGUAUUCUGUACGGGCUAGCUUGGUGAAUUUCUCUGACAAAGAUAAAAACUAGUCUCUUUUGAUUCAACUAAUGAACUGAGUUCCAAUUCCUCUGUCCCCUUGAUAUUGCCUGUAAUACUUAGGCCUUACAAUCUAUAGUUGGCAAUACAGUGCAGUGAUUGAAGUCAAAUUUCAAAUACAGGAAAACCUUAGUUGGCGAGCAUAA